CUUGUUAUGGCUGUUAAAGACCUUCAUCACGGUCCAGUGUUUGUGAAGUAAAUCCCAACAUGUGGACGUUGGAAGGAAAUGCAGCUCUCCCUAAUAAAGUUCACUACCUACAUUGUGGGUCAACACUGUUGGUGAGCCGGAAGGAAGGUCACAUUUAUCUCCAGGGGGACAUUUCCAUCAGCCGCCAACAUGCCUCCAUCUUUAUAAUGCAUCCACCCACCAACUUGAAAAACAUGCAGGCCUUGCCUAAGGUUAUGCUAAACGAUUUGGGAGCCAAGUAUGGCAGCUUUGUGAAUGACGGUAUCCAGAGAGAUGAAAAGCUACCAGAUAGGGCGACAACUGAGCUUGUAAAUGGUGACACGGUCAGAUUCGGCAUGUUUAAUAGCUCGUGGAGGUUAGUGUAUCGGCCUCUGGUAGUGACGACAUCAACUCUUCGUCCAGAAAGCAAACCAGCAUUAGCUGAAGCUCUGCUUAAGCUGGGAGGUCACUUGAUCGGUGAAUGGAAAGAUGCAUGUUCAUACCUGGUCAUGAAUGCCGUCACACUCACAGUCAAGGUUGUGUGUUGUCUAGCUGCCGGAGGUCACAUAGUAACACCUGAGUUUUUUACCGAGUGGCUGGAGGCUGUGGUGAAAAAAGCUCCUCAUCCAAAUCCUGGUGAUUUUCAGCCUCCACUACAGGAGAGGAGCAUCAGAAGUGCAAAGGUUUCUUUAGCUCCUAAUAAUGAGAGGAAGUCAUUGUUGAGAGGGCGUACAUUUCUAUUUUAUUCUACAAGACAGCUUGAAAGAAUGAGACAAGUCAUAGUUCUUUCAGGUGGCAGUGCAGAAGAGUUAAAUGAAGUAAAUUACAAAAUGGUGACCUCUAGUAGUUAUGUCUUGGUGGAGCCACCUAUGAAAACCCCAGGAAGCUCUCAGAACAUUACUACCUACACCACUGCACGUAAAUUGGUAGAAGAUAAUGGGUUGCGUGUUGUACCUGAGUCAGACAUUGGUUUAGCAAUUCUGUAUGUAACUGCAACAGGUCAUUGCAAUCCAGCCUUCAAGGUAUCUAGCAUCCUACAAAGCACAACCUCAUCCACGUCACAAUUUACUGAGGGUUUGAAGAUAUAUGCUACAGAGACACAAGCAAAUGAGAAUUCCAUAUCCUUAACGGGGACACGAGUUGUGGCUGAGAGUGGCAAAUCACCUGCUUCCAGACAAAUAAAAUCUACACUGCCCACCUCCACCCUUCCCCCUGUCCUCAGCGGCUCCUCAACAUCGACUAAUGCAUCCAUGUUAACUAUGCUUGACCAGCCACUCACGGCUAAAACUGUCAAUGACGACAAAGAAAACCUUCAUAAUACUUCUAGGAAAAGGGCACGACCAGUGAGUGAACAGACGGGAGGACCUCUCACCAAACGCACCAGCAAACUCAGCCUCACCCAGAAGCAUCAAGACCCCCCAAGCCCCACACAGCCAAUCGAAUCUCAGAUUAACGGUGAUGAAAUCCAACCAGAUUCGGUAUUGCCAACUUCAGAGUUUAGACCACAUCACUUCAGUACCGAAAAAGAUGAAACUCUUGCCCCUGUAACUUCGACCCCUGAUGCAAGACGUGGUCAGCUAAACGGCUCAGACACCAGGGCAGCUAUUACUAGCAAACCAACUACCACCAUCAAUAAUCUGGACCCCUCUGUUGAUUAUACUAUUAGACAAUCUGUCCCAUUUGUCCCUUUCACUCUGCCCAGCUUGAAGGUUGAGACAUUAGAUCCAGAUGAAGUAUUAACUCAGUCCUUCUCUGAUGACAAACAAGAACCUCCCAGUGGCAAGGUUGAUGAUUGUGUCAUGGAUGUGACAGAUUGUCGUGCAGGGAAGAGAAAUGCAGUGAAUGAUGGUGACACUUCCCUUUGGAAGGGAGGAAAAAAGAAAAGAAUAGAAAAUGUGAAUGAUGGCCCCAUAAAGACUGAGAGAAUUAGUGGAAAUGUUAGUAUAGUUGGCCACUUAAAUCAGAGGAAUCAAGAUUCUGUGUGCAAUGUUAAAUGGGAACUAGCAGAUAAAGACCCAUUUGCUUUGCCAACAUCUAAUACAAGAAGAAGAUCAGGUGGUCAGAGUGCUGUAGUAGGAGAUAAAACAAGCAGAAUGACUGUGAAAAAACCAUCUUCAGAUGCUGAUUUAUUUGCCCUUCCAACAUCCUCUCGGUCUCAACGCAGGAGAAGGAUGCUCGAACAGAAAGUCGAACUUGCAGGAGUGCCUCGGGAAAGUGGCAGGAUAGAGCCAGAGCAAACACCUGUAGCCCAAAGUAAUAAUGCACGUGAAACAGAUGAGAAUCAGUGUCAAAAUAGCAGGAUUGUUACAAGUCAAGGAAACUUUAUAUCAAAGAAAGGGUGUUCCAUAAAGAGAAGUCCAAGUGAAUUAGAGGCAGCUGCCCAAACUGGUGUGCCCCCUCAAGAGAAGGCCACACAUGGAGAUGUUGCAGAACUCGAUAUCAAGAUGGAGAAAUCUUUGGUGAUUGUAGAGGUUGCCUCCCUUGUGAAACGACCUUCUGUAAAUAACACAACUAAUGCUCAAACUCUUCAAAAUCAAAGUCUUGGUGGCCUUGUAAACUACAAAAGGUUCAGAAAGAACACUGGUGACAUCACAUCGUUGCCAAAAAUCUUAGGUGGCAGAGAUCUUGUGGCACAUGACCUGGUGAGAAAUCGUCUGCGUGACGCCUGGUUUAUGGAGAAUGAAGAUGUAACACGCAUGCUUGAUGAAAGGGAUGCGUUUAACAGAAGACAGUCUGGCGAUGAGAAUUUAUUUGACCUACCAAUGAAUCCCAGGAACCAGAGGAGGAGGAUGAUAAAAUAAAUGUUGUAUAGAAAAUUCACUUGUGUACAUAUUGUUGUGUCUAAAGUUUAGUACAGUAUUUCUCUUAAUUUGUUUAAUGUAAAAUAAAUUUUUUUUUACAAAUAACUGAAACAGAAAAAUA